GUUAUAUAGUCAAAUGUGAACUAGACGCGGCCCCUGUUUGCUCCUCUGCCUCUGUUUUGGAAAACUGUUGGAAUAAAUGAAAGACCAGGCCAGACAUUCCGCCCCCACAGGAGGGACCCUGAACGUGCCUCCUUCAGAGAAGAUGGACGAGAGGGGCCAGUGGGGCAACAAGCUGGAGUUUGUGCUGUCUGUGGCUGGAGAGAUCAUCGGCCUGGGCAAUGUGUGGCGCUUUCCAUAUCUCUGCUAUAAGAACGGAGGAGGAGCAUUCUUCAUCCCGUACCUGAUCUUCCUGUUUGCCUGUGGGGUCCCUGUGUUCCUCUUGGAGACAGCUCUGGGGCAGUACACCAGCGAAGGGGGCAUCACCUGCUGGAGGAAGAUUUGCCCUCUAUUUGAAGGAGUGGGAUAUGCGACGCAGGUCAUCGUGGCUCUGUUGAACGUGUAUUACAUCAUAGUGUUAGCCUGGGCUAUCUUCUACUUAUCCCACUCCUUCACCUGGGACCUGCCCUGGGCCUCCUGCAACAACACCUGGAACACAGAUUCCUGCAUGGAGUUUCAGAGGGGGAACCGCUCCACAGGUUACCAUGACAACGCCACCUCUCCCGUGAUUGAGUUCUGGGAGCGUAGGGUGCUGCGUCUCUCCUCUGGCCUCCAUCACAUCGGCGCUCUGAACUGGGACCUGGUGCUGUGUUUACUGGCAGCUUGGAUCAUCUGUUACUUCUGCAUCUGGAAAGGGGUCAAGUCCACAGGGAAGGUGGUGUACUUCACAGCCACAUUCCCGUACUUGAUGUUGAUAGUUCUGUUGAUCAGAGGAGUGACGCUGCCUGGGGCCAUGGGAGGGAUCCACUAUUACCUGUAUCCAGACCUCUCCAGACUGUCAGAUCCUCAGGUGUGGAUGGACGCUGGCACUCAGAUCUUCUUUUCCUAUGCCAUCUGUCUGGGCUGCCUCACUGCCCUCGGGAGCUACAACAAAUACAACAACAACUGCUACAGAGACUGCUUGUGCCUGUGCUUCCUGAACAGUGGCACCAGUUUCAUGGCAGGAUUCGCCAUCUUCUCCAUCCUGGGCUUCAUGUCGUACGAGCAAAACGUCCCCAUCUCAGAAGUGGCAGAAUCAGGCCCAGGUUUGGCGUUCAUAGCGUACCCUCGAGCUGUCUCUAUGAUGCCCUUCUCUCCUCUGUGGGCCUGCUGCUUCUUCAUCAUGAUUGUCUUUCUUGGUUUGGACAGUCAGUUUGUGUGCGUGGAGAGCCUGGUGACAGCGAUGGUGGACAUGUAUCCGGCCGUGUUUCGCCGUAAAAAUCGCAGAGAGCUCUUCAUCCUGGGGGUCUCUGUGGCCUCUUUCCUUCUGGGACUCGUCAUGUUGACAGAGGGCGGUCUGUACAUUUUCCAGUUGUUCGAUUACUAUGCUGCGAGUGGGAUGUGCCUCCUGUUCGUGUCCAUCUUUGAAACUGUUUGCAUUGCUUGGAUUUAUGGCGCUGAACGUUUCUAUGACAACAUAGAGGACAUGAUUGGUUAUCGCCCUGGUCCUAUCAUCAAAUACUGCUGGCUAUUCUUCACCCCGGCCACAUGCUUGGGGACCUUUGCCUUCUCAUUGAUUAAGUACACCCCUCUGAAGUACAAUGGUGUGUACAUGUAUCCGUGGUGGGGUUAUGCCAUCGGCUGGGUCCUGGCUCUGUCCUCCAUGUUGUGCAUUCCUCUUUGGAUUAUAUUCAAACUCUACACCACUCCUGGAACACUGAAGGAACGCUUCAUUCGACUGACCACACCUUCUAAAGACUUACCAAAGACCCGUCAGGAGCAGGAGAGACAGCUGGUCGUGUUUGGGUCAAUGGAGGAGAGUGCAAGGACACCUCUCAGUAAGGAUGGCGAUGACAAAGAGUCAAUAUUUUAAAUUUUAACAAGGACAUGAAUGGUCUGGAGCUGGAGAUGGCUUGACUGCAUAGUUUGACAGCUACUGGAAGUCUGUCAACAAUGUAAUGUAAUAAUACCUCAGUGUAGACAGGCAGAUGAACAGGCAAUGGGCAAACUCACCAACAAGGGGUGCUCUACACAGUGUCUUUAACGAGACCUGGUGAGAGGUGGGUAGUACUCACACUGUUACUUUUACUCAAGUCCAUUUUUUAAAUAACUGAGAAACAUUGUGCAGUAGUUUUCAGACAGGAUGCUUUGAUUCCUACUUGAGGAACAUACACAGUGUAAGUACUCUUACUUGAAUAACGGUUUUGGCUUCCAUUGUGACUAAAGUGUAUUCACAUUCAUCACAUCAAAACUGGUACUAAAAUAGGAAUAAACCUGAACUUAAACCUGAACCAGACCUGGACUUAUCAAGAACUAGAACAGGACCAAACCAAGUUCACAUCAGGACUAAAAUUGGCUUAAUUUAUAAUAAUAAUAAUAAUCCAAUAACAGUAAAAAUCUGGUAUUUUCAUAACAUAACAACAACUAAAUCAUAUCUGAAUGAGUCGUGCAAGAAACAAAUAUUCAAAGAAAGCCGUUGUGACAUACUUAAAUUUAAAACUUAAAAUAAAUCUGAUGUUACGUCAAGACAGUGGCACUUACUAUAACAUGAAAAGAAAUUCCACAACACUGUUUACUCAAAUAUAUAUUUUUACUCUUACUUGAAUAAUUUCUUGGAUCACUAAUUUGUAUUUCUACUUCAGUAAUAUGAUUCUGAAGUUGCAGUUCUUUCACUUGAAUACAUGUUUGACUACUCUACCCACCUCUGGACCUGGGUUUAUAAAGUAUACUUACAGCAGGGGCAAUGAUGACUGCGAUCACUGUUUUGCACAGUGGCAUUUAUUAGAACAAGUCUGCUUUCUAAGGAAGCUUUUCUAUUAAGAGCAUUUCCAAUGUUCAAAUGACACUAUUCAAGUUGGUUUAUGUUAUGUGUGUAGACACAGCUAUUUAAGUAACCAAGAAGUGUUGUCAAAAUAUUACUAGUAUGAUAACAUAAUGAUGUGUAAAUCAUUAACAUAAACACAACAAAUAUAAACUUAAUGCUACACUAAAUAUAAUGCUGUCUAUUAAUUAGCAGACACUGAUUCAUUUCUUUUAUUUGACACAUUCACAUUUUUUCAUAGUUAAGGUGCCAUAUUUUUUAAUGUUUGAAGUGUUCUAAAAUGACGCUGUUAUUUUUGUUCUUUGUAUAGAAUUCAAUGUGAUAUUUUUCAAAUGUUUUCAAAUGUUCAGUAUAUUAUCUGGAUCUCGGAUAUAGAGUUUUCUUAUAACUUUUAUACUGAAAUUACAGUUUUGUGACUAAAUAAAUAAUUUAUGUAUGAAUUU